GCAGCCACCCCAGCAGCGUUCAGAAGGAAGCUGUGCUUUGCAACAGUCGGAGUCGGAGCGGGCGUGUCUUUCUCCGCAGGGAACCGGUCGUUGGGAAACUUCUACACUCGGCUGCUUUGCGGACCCUGGACGGCCUACGUGGCCUCAGUCACCACUCAAGAGCGAGUGGCGCCAAGCGCGCGGGUAAUGAUCCGCGUCCCUUCCGCGGGUCUGUGGCACCUACGAAGCAGCACCCCGGCGCCUGGGAACCGGAACCCAGGACCAGGUGAGCGGCUGAGGUCACCCGUGGCCUCCGUCCUCCGGGGAAAGGAGGAAGUUGACACACGUCAGCGGAGCGGAUUUGGAAACGUGACGGUUUCUGGGAAGGAGCACGCGGAGCCUUUACCGGGAAGGGACGCGCCCGGGCCCUGCAGAUGUCCCGGUUCUCAGCAGCUGCGCCAGCUCCGCCCCGAGGCGACACCAGUCAGUGCCAGCCGGCUGCGCGCGGACAGCGAGUGCAGGGAAAUGCGUGCAGAGGGAACGCGGCGCACGAUACACAGAUGGGCGCCGAUAGAAACAACCAAAACGGAGGCCAGCAAGGUGCCUGGGUGGCUACAGUGGUUUCCGCAGACGCACAGGAACCUGCGUUCACGUCCCAGCAUCACAUAAAAGUCCAGGCACGACGUCGUGUGAACCCCAGCCCUGGGAUGCGGAGCCGAAGCCGUUUGCUGUCCAGGCAGGUGUGUCAGUCACUGAGCUCCAGGGUCGGUGCGAGACUGUGUCAAAAUCAGGUGGAGAACUGAGGAAAACACCCAAAGUCCACGUCCUCACUGCACGUGUGAAGACACAUGUGCACAUGACCUGACUGCGACCACGUGAUCUGUUUGGGUCACAGGUGACACGUCGCAGUCACGGCACGUGAAUACCGCAACAUGUGAACGUCACGUGUGGGUUCGGGCCAGCGAGUCCUGUCCGCAGACCCCUCAGGCCUCAGAUCAGAGCCUCCCGGGGCCAGCACACAGUGGGUCCCUCCCCUGCCCCGUUACACACGGCACCAGGCCGGGCCGUGACAAGGAGGCCUGGCCUCUCUACUCAGUACCUGGGUUUUGUGGAGUACUGAGUUCAAGUCUCACCAACCCAGUGCGAAUUCAAGCACAAGGACUUUGCACUAAGCACCCUCUCCACACCGAGCCCAAAGACGGUCCCAGAAGUGAGACUUGAACUUCUGCCAAGCGAGGCUUUUGUGAGGAAACCAGAGGUGUCGGUGUCGGUUUUCAAGACCUUCCGACCUCUCGGUACUGGGUACUUGGUCUCUUGUUCAAGUGAAGGGGUUGGUGGGAUGGCACGGGGGAGAAGGUGCUUGCUGCUAAGUCUGAGGAUUUAAAUACACAGCACCAACAUGGAGAAAGAAGAAAACCAACACACACACAUUACCUGAGCUACACGCGUGUUCGAGGUGCACGUGAGCCAACACAAGUAAAUUACAAACAAGAAUCGAUGUGAUGAAAUGCACAGUUUCCUGGUGUGUGCCUCCACCCCUGCUCCCCCAGGGUGCUUGUGGGAUGGAGCUUAGUUCCAUCUUCUCUUUCAGCACCGUUUGCCACCAGGGUGCUUGUGUGACAGAACUCAGUUCCACGGUGUCUUUCAGUAACAUUUGUCCCGAGUGACCCUGACCCUGGGUCUUUGCACCAUCCUAGCGCUGCUCCUAGAGGGCUCGAGCAGGAGGGGAGAGGCGUCGCACAGGUCACGAGGGCCGAUAUCACGGAGCGUGGGGUGUGAGUGACAUCGUGUAGGUCCUCCGAGGCUGUGAGCUGUGGGUGACGUCACCGAGGCCCCCCCUGCAGCCAAUCACCGGCCCCGCCCGGUCCCGGGUUUCCCAACCUCAUAUGAGGAAGGGACUUUCAGUGACAUGAGCUGCGGUGGGGGACGGAGCAGCUCAGGCCCCAAAACCCAGCGACAGCGGGAUGCCGAGGCCGCCCCGCGCCCCCGCACUCCCCGUGCGCGCCGUGUCGCCCCUGGUGCUGUGCUUGGUUCUCCUGCCCCCGGCAUUCCUCGGGACACCGGAACCUGCAGCUGUGACGCCCCAGGAACCCGAGCCUGAGCUCAAUGUGACAUUCAACCCCCGGACCUGGACGCUGACCUGGGCCUGUCGGGAAAACGUCACCGUCACCAUGUGCAUCGUGACCAAGGCUGGAGGGCCCAGGCCCAGCACCAAGCCCAGGAAGGACGCGUGUGGUUGCACGUUCCGACGGCUGCUCCUGCACCAAGGACUGAGUCUCGAAGUUCAAGCCACCGUCAACCGGACCGUCAUUCGCCAGAAACUCGCUUACGUCAACCCAGGUGCGAACGGGACGGCGGCCCAGAACCUGUCCUGCUCCAUCCACUUGGCGAGUGUCAUGAUGUGCACGUGGGAACCGGGGCCUGUGGCGCCGCCAGACGUUCAGUACUAUUUGUACAUCAAGGACCUGAGUGAAAGAACAGAGUGGGAAUGUCCCCAGUACCUCGGAGACUCAGUUGUCCACACCGGGUGCCGUGUGCAAAACCUGUCCGGGUUACCCAGCGAGAGCUACGUCCUGCUGAAUGGAACCAGCCGCCGGGAGGCCAUUCAGUUCCUGGACGCCAUGUUGGAUUCCAAGGAGAUCGAGCGACUCAGUGCACCGCACAACAUCACUGUGACUUGCAACGCAUCCCACUGCCGCGUGACAUGGCGGAGGCCGCGGACCUGGGCGCGCUUGUCCUUCUGGGACUUCAAGUACGAGCUGGACAUCCAGCGACAGAAUGUGGACCCAGGCAGGAGAAAUCCCACGAUCUCCGUGUCCAGCAACGCUGACGACAAAUACGACUUUCCGAGCCCGGAGCCCCGACCUCUGCACACGGCGCGGAUCCGAGCCGGGGACGUGCGCAGCGACAAGUGGAGCCCGUGGAGCCCAGAAGUGACGUUCGGCUCCGGGGAAAGCAGGUUCCCGCUGCUGUACGUCUACGUCGCCGUGGUGCUGCUGACCGUGUUCUGUGCCCUGGGCCUGGGCUUCGCCUGUAAGAGGGUCGUCCACGCGAGAAGCCUGUUCCCCCCAAUCCCCCAGAUCAAGGACAAAGUUACCGAUAGCGACGCGGCUGACCCGCAGACACUGAGCAACUUCGAGCCCAGUGUGCAGAAGGCUGAGCCCGAGGAGUUCACGUCCGUAGAGGAAGUCAGGACCUGAGGCGGGCGUGCACCACAGGGUUGGGCCAUGCGCAUUAAAAAGUAACUUAACACCCGCGUGUACACUGGCUUUCUGGAGGCUGAUGUGUUCUGGGGUCGGUCACAGCUCCACCCAGGUGCAUUCUGGGAAAUCCUCAGCUACACGUACCAAGCGUGACGUCAUCUGUGGCACGCCCAGAGCUCGGGUCCGUUUUGCACACCGCCCUCUCCGUGGGCUGCCGUGGCCGUCCUCAUGCGACUGGUGACGUGUACACGCCAUACAC